AUGCCGCCUCGCCGUAGAAACACAAACGCGAACCGACUGCCGACAACACAAGAGGAAUUGAACGAGCGCAUUUCCCAAGCAAUUGCUCAAUACGAAGCUAACCGCACUGAACAAAGCGGUGGAACGGGAGGUACUACUGGAGGCAACCCUCCAACUGGUUGCACUUAUAAGCAGUUCUUAGACUGCAAACCUCUAAAUUUUGAUGGUACGGGAGGUGCGGUUUCCUUCGUACGCUGGACUGAGAAGACCGACUCAGUUAUUCGAAUGAGCAAGUGCCCUGCGGAACAGAGGGUUACUUAUGUCACCGGACUAUUCAUCGAUGGGGCACUAUCAUGGUGGAACCUCCAGGUACAAACAAAAGGCGAAACCGCUGCGUACGGCCUGACUUGGGAGGAACUAAAAGAAUUGAUGAGGAAAAAGUAUUGCUCAAGGUCAGAAAUCCAGAAGCUAGAAACGGAAUUCUGGAACUUAAAAAUGAUUGGUCCAGAUAUUGCGGGUUACACGCAGCGAUUCCAUGAUUUAUCUCGUGUGGUUCCAUACUUAGUGGAACCCGAAUUCAAGAGGAUCGAGAGGUACAUUUGGGGACUUGCCCCUCAAAUUCUAAGUAUGGUCACCACUUCUAAGCCCAAGGAGAUUGGGGAAGCAAUCGAUUUGGCUGUAGCACUUACCGAGGAAGCACUGCGUCAAGGAAAGUUUGAUGAGCCUGGGUCGAACAAAAAGGAAACUGCUGGGGAAGCUUCGGGCUCCAAUAAAAGGAAGUUUUCCCAUUUUAAGAAAGGUUCUCGGGGAAAGAACAAUAACGAUAAGGGGCAAAACUCGAAAGAAGUCAAAGAGACGAAGGCAUAUGUGACCACUACCACCAACAACCCCGGCAAGAAGUCUUACACUGGAACUGCACCAAAGUGUAAUAAAUGCCCCUUCCACCACUACGGGGAGUGUCGUGGCCCCAAGUGUAGCAAAUGUGGUAGGUUUGGGCAUCGCACCGAAGUGUGUCGGGGUACGAAUACCAGGGACCAAGGUUGUUUCAAUUGUGGUGACAAGGGACACUUCAAGAAGGAUUGCCCGAAAGAGAUUCAAGCUCGGGGAAGAGUAUUUGUGAUAGGAGCUAAGGAGGCUCGCCAGGACCCGAAUGUGGUCACCGGUACGUUCCCUAUCAAUGAUCACUUCGCAUCUAUCCUUUUCGAUACAGGAGCAGAUUAUAGUUUUAUUUCUAAGGAAUUUAGAGAUAUACUUGGGGUAGAAUCGAGCAAAUUAAAUAUUCCAUAUUCGAUUGAAUUAGCUAAUGGUGAAUUAGUAGAAACAGGGGAAAUCAUAAAGAAAUGUACCUUAGAGCUGGGUGAACGAAAGUUCGACAUAGAUCUCUUACCAGUUCCGUUAGGUAGUUUUGAUGUCGUUAUCGGUAUGGAUUGGCUAUCCGAUAAUCGAGCCGAAGUCAUAUGUCAUGAGAAGAUCAUACGCAUCCCCCUGCCCGAUGGAGAACAUUUGCUAGUACACGGGGAGAAACAAGACACGCCGCUACGAAUCAUCAGUUGCAUGAAAGCUCAAAAAUGCUUGAGGAAAGGAUGCAUUGCCUUUCUUGCUCAUGUCGUUGACAAGAAGGCCGAGGAGCGUAAGGUGAAAGACAUCCCUGUGGUAAGGGAAUAUCCCGAAGUCUUCCCAGAAGACUUGCCGGGACUGCCACCACACCGACAAGUGGAAUUUCAUAUCGAUAUGGUGCCAGGAGCAGCACCGGUGGCAAAAGCUCCAUAUAGGCUCGCGCCCUCGGAGAUGCAGGAAUUAUCUACUCAGCUUCAGGAGAAAAGUCCGACCGUUGAUACAGUUAUCAUUCCAGCGGAUGAAAUUCAUGUAGACGACACGCUCCAGUUUACCGAAGAACCCGUAGAGGUUAUGGACCAGAAGGUCCACAAGACAAGGAGAAGUAAUAUCGAACUAAUCAAGGUCCGCUGGAAUUCACGUCACGGACCCGAGUACACAUGGGAACGUGAAGAUCAGAUUAAGGCAAAGUAUCCCCAUCUGUUUAAGAAGACCCCUGCAAAGGGUGGCUCAACUUGA